CUGAAAUUCAUACCACUUUUGAACCGAGUCUCAGAAUGCGGUAAUAGAGUGGUUUAUACGUACGUGUUUAAUUUUACAUUUUCAUCCAUCAAAAUUCUAGAAUGAGUUGUAAGGUGGUGUUAGAUACCACUGGACGUUUACAUCCAGGUGAUACAUUAUACGGAAGAGUUGUUUGUAAUGUAACAAGCAAUCAGUGCGUUAGAGAAAUCAGAUGUAAACUCGUUGGAAAAGAGCAGACUAUAAUCAAAUCAGCUAAGGACACAUUUGAAGCUCAAAACGAAUUUUUAAUCGUCAAAAUGACUCUCAUAGGUGAAGUUACUCUAGAACCACGUCAGCACGAGUACCCUUUCUGUUUUACUCUGCCAAAAAAUAUUCCAAGCACUUUAGAAAUGGAAUUUGGAUGUAUCAAAUAUUGUGUCAAGGCGACAGUCGAUAUUCCUUACUCAUUUGAUUAUGUCGAUGAAAUAACUUUACCUGUUGAGGUUCCUGUGGAUUUCAAUAAUAUACAGGAUGAAUUACAAUUGAAACCUAUUACAUUUAGUAACGAGAAGACUGUUUGCUGCCUUUGCUGUACGGGUGGCGAAAUUAGCAUGAAUUUACAAUUAGAAAAAAAUGGCUUCAUUUUGGGAGAAAUAGCUAAAGUACAAAUCGAGGUGAAAAACAUGAGCAGAGUUAACAUUGAACAAAUCAUGCUUACGUUAACAAGAAUAUGGGACUAUAAAUCAGAAGGUAGAAAAGAAAGAAUCAAAGAAAUUAUGGCCACUGAAACGGAAACAGGAACUGACGCUCACACACAAAGGACCUAUCUAAUACAAUUUAAAAUUCCUCAAGAAAUCUCUAUACACAAUUUGGUUAAAUGUAUUUUAAUAAAGGAAACUUUUCGUUUGCGUGCUGAAGUUCUGCUACCUUUAACUCACAGAGAUUUGGUAGUGGAUGCAAUUGUGAAAUUGGGACAUAUUCCUCUGAAAUAUUCUACACAUAAAGAUAAACUGUUGCUACCUUCGUCUCUUGAAGAACCUUCGAAAGAUUGAAUUGGAAAACGACAUCGAAAUUUUAUCCAUAUGAUUUCCUUAUGAGCAUGUAUAGGUAAUAUCGGUACAACGUUUCGAAGACUAAACAUCUAUACAGUCAAUUAGAAGCCAAAAAUUGAUUAUGAUAAUUAAAUUUAAACUUCUUGUAUAAUAACAUUCUAUAAGUUCUGUUGAUGUGAAGUUUUUGUAUGUAAUAAAGUUUUUUACUUCA